CCAUAUUAGUGCAACAAACCCUUCCUUCAGAAAACAAAAUAAAAAGGAGACAGCUCGGAACAAGGCUGCGGUAGAGAGAAGGAAAGAGUUUAAAAAAAUGGCGUCGUUUUUGCAGUCAUUUCUGAAUCCAAAGAAGAACUGGUUGGCGGCUCUGCACAUGAAAUCCAUUUCCAAUCGCCUCCGCAAAUACGGCCUUCGCUACGACGAUUUAUACGAUCCUUACUACGAUCUGGAUAUCAAGGAGGCGUUGAAUCGGCUGCCCCGUGAGAUCGUCGAUGCCCGUAACCAACACCUCAAGCGUGCGAUGGACCUCUCCAUGAAGCACGAGUAUCUCCCCGAAAAUCUUCAGAAAAUGCAGACACCAUUUAGGAGUUAUCUUCAAGAUAUGCUUGCUCUUGUGAAGAAGGAGAGAGCAGAGCGUGAAGCGUUGGGAGCUUUGCCUCUGUAUCAGCGAACUAUUCCUUGAGGUUCUUAUAGUUUCUUGUCGCUAAUGCUGUUGAAAUUCGCAUUCAAAUGAUUUAUAUGUCAUGUUAUGCUUUGUUAGCAUAAGGGACAUGAAUUUUGCCUUUCCUAAUUGGUUGGUGACACAGUCAUCUGUGUCAGUUUUUUUAAAUGGAAUCACUAGUUGGUUGGGUUAGUCUGUUUCCAAUGUUUUAGUAAUAUGUAAAACUGUGAACUGCAUUUUACGCUUGAGUGCAAGCAACUCUACAAGAAACACCGGCCUUACCAUCUAAAGGACGUUCUUUCCUUGUUCGAGCAAAUCUAAACUGUCCUGGUCGUUUUCUUUUUCUGCUUCAUAUUGAUGUUGAAGUCCAUUAGGCUUUUAGUCCCAGUGAAAUGGUGGCUGGAUGAGCUGCAUUGGAACCCUUAAAACCACGUUAUUUAGACACUAGUCUUUCGAGUUCUGCCCACUUGGCUAAAAUGAGAAGCAAAACACGUGUUUAGGCUAAUGGGUAAUUACCAUUGAUUAGAUUGUCCUGCAGUUCGAUCAUACGAGCAUUUAACUCGAUGGUCCACUUGGGAAGUUAGGGAGCUAUCGCAUGAUUCUCAGUUUCAUGUUCCAAAAAAUUGAGGUACAGUUCCCUUGACAAUUUCUUUUGCAGAGAAGAAAAUAAACCAGAAAACUAAAUAUUACUGACAUUUACAUUGGGUUGGCGACGAUCUCUUUCUCAUGGUUAUGGGGAAGCACAUUUUUGGGCAUAUUUUCUAGUCAAAGUAGCUUAUGAGGGCGAGUUUGAUUUUGUCAAACUUCAUUGUCUUUGGUUUGAUAUUAAGAGGAUAUUAUGGGUAUUAUGAGGUCAAGAGCUUGUGUUGUAAACGGUUUAUUACAGCUCUUUCUUACCAAAAAUAAAUAAAUAAAUAAACAGUUAAGACUGUUCCUGUUAGACAUGUUUCAAUAAUUGGUGAUAGAGGAAUCCAAACUUAUUGUGUCUAAUCGAAGUAGAGAGACAUAGCCAUAUGGAAAUGGGUGGUUUGUGUCUUCAUCUUUUGUCCCCUUUCAUCUCUAUCUCAAUUUUAUUUAAGUAUUGAAGUACACAGCUCAAGCCUUGAAGAAAGAUGUUCUCCCAAUGGACAUUUCCAUGUGAUUCCAAGAGACCCCAUAUGCUUUCAAUGCAGCACUGCCCGAGAAUAGGAUAAGAUUCAAGAUUCGAAUGCAUUUUAUCCCCUCAUAUCUUAUCAGAUGUACAAUAUGAGAUGAUGUGAAUGCAUGGAAAUUUGAAACUUUAAACCACAAAGUUUGUUAGGAUGUCCAUCUCCAAUCAUUGAAAGUAGUAGGCCUCCAUCACUGUUUUUUCCAAUUUAUCUUUUUAGGUACGGUACAAUACAGGAAAUAAUCAUCUCUCUCGGGUGAUGAUGUUUUAAGGAUUUAUAACUUUAUA